UUCGAAGUAAUGCCUUAUCGCCGCAGGACGCAUUAGCGAAUGGAGCCUGUUUCCGAAUGGAGGUUGCAAUCACACGAAUAGCAGUCGUUAGAGUUCACUAUGGAAUAUAUAUUCCAUAGAGGCCAACGGCUAAGCUGCCUGACCUGUCCCAUGUUAGGAUCACCAUGUGAUAGGCUGCUUCAUCCGCUUCAGCGGGUGAUUUCGUUCGACGAUCUUUUGGAGCAAGCGGAUGGUCACGACCAGUGCGACGCCAUCAGUUUCUACACGUGUCCCCUCUGUGGUGAGGAUAAACUAUCAAUUGAAGCACUUUACGACCAUUAUCUCCUGCAGCAUCACCUACAGCAGCAGGAGUCUAGCGUUGAGAAGGUGGAGUUCCGCUGUCCAAUUUGUGUUUGCUUCCGGCUAGAGAACUCAACGGAGUAUAUUGAUAGUGAUCCGGGACUCAUCGAGCAUCUGAUCUCGCGCCAUUGUUUCCCCAGCCAGCGGCGGUAUGACGAAGAACUAGAGCUGCGUGGCCAAUUUUGCUCUGAUUAUGAGACCGAGUUGGUUCGCUUUUUGGCCAUCUUUCUGCAACCGAGCACCGUGGGGAUUUACUCAGAUUGUGACGACGUUCCAUUAAGCGCGCAAAACACCGAGGCGUUAGAUUGUCCAAUCUGCUUCGAGAAAAUGGAUGAAAAUCACCUUCGUUUGCUGUCUUGUAGUCACCAGUUCCACACCGAGUGCAUCGAUCGUUGGUUGGAGAAUAGUUCAGACUGCCCGAUAUGUCGUAUGAAUUGUAAGUGAUCGUCUUCAGGAAGUGAAGCUCGCUUGUAGUCAUUUGUAGCGCCGGAUCAGUAAAUAAAAUAAACGUAAUCCUUGA